UUUGUGGGGCGGCUGGGGGAGGAGGGGGAGGCCGCGCACCCCUCUGGGCCGCCCAAGCGAAGCCUCUGUCGAGGUGUGGGAAGCGGGGGACCCGGAGUUUCAGGAAGGCUUUCUGGGCCGCUCGCCUCGACCAGACGUCCCCUGCCCCUUCCGUGUUCCCGAGAUGGGCCGUCCUUGGUCCUGCCGGCGAAGGGGGCCCUUUGGGGAGCCUCCCCCGGGGCUCCCCGGCCGCCUCUCCCCUCCCCCGUGAGUGCUGCCUCCCAUGGCUGGCUGAGCGGGCUGCGGCCGCAUUUCUCGUCUUUCUUUCCCCGCGCAGAUCGCCAUCCUGCGCCUCCCGACGUGACCACCGGCCUGGUGGAGCCGCCGCCCCCGGAGCGCCCCCAGCUCGCCUCCGUGAGGGGGCUCCCCCGGGGCUGCAGCAGCAGCCUGCUGGACACGGCCGACGGCGUCCCGGCGCACAGCCGGGUGUCUUCGAAGAUCCAGCAGCUUCUGAACACCCUCAAGAGACCGAAGCGGCCCCCCUUGAAGGAGUUCUUUGUGGAUGACUUCGAAGAGCUGCUGGAAGUCCACCAGCCGGACCCCAACCAGCCCAAGCCGGAGGGGAGCCAGAUGACGGUGCUGCGAGGGGAGCCUUUAGACGUGGCCCCCGACGGGCCGCCGUCCCUGCUGGCGGCCCUGCAGCGCUGGGGCACCGCCCAGCCCAAAGCCCCGUGCCUCACGGCCCUGGACACCACCGGCAAGGCCGUCUACACCCUGACCUACGGCAAGCUGUGGAGCCGCAGCGUGAAGCUGGCCUACACCCUCCUGCACAAGCUCCCCAGUAAGAGUGAGCCCCUGCUGAGGCCGGGAGACCGGGUGGCGCUCGUGUUCCCCAACAGCGACCCCGUGAUGUUCAUGGUGGCCUUCUACGGGUGCCUCCUGGCCGAGCUCAUCCCUGUGCCCAUAGAGGUCCCGCUGACCAGGAAGGACGCGGGCAGCCAGCAGAUCGGCUUCCUCCUGGGCAGCUGCGGAGUGGCGCUGGCGCUGACCACGGACGCGUGCCAGAAGGGGCUGCCCAAGGCCCCGACGGGGGAGGUGGCCACGUUCAAAGGCUGGCCUCGCCUCGUCUGGUUCGUGAUCGACGGGAAGCACCUGGGAAAGCCGUCCCGGGACUGGCAGCCCCCCGUGCGCGACGCGGGGGCCGAGACCGCCUACAUCGAGUACAAGACGAGCAAGGAAGACAGCACGGUGGGCAUCACCGUGUCCCACGCGUCCGUGUUGGCCCAGUGCCGGGCCCUGACCCAGGCCUGCGCGUACUCGGAAGCGGAGACUUUGACCAACGUCUUGGACUUCAAAAGGGACGCCGGCCUGUGGCACGGAGUGUUAACCAGCGUCCUCAACCGAAUGCACGUCGUCAGCAUUCCUUACGCCCUCAUGAAAGUGAACCCCCUUUCGUGGAUACAGAAGGUGUGCUCCUACAAAGCGCGGGUGGCGUUGGUGAAAUCCCGAGACAUGCACUGGUCCCUCCUGGCGCAGCGAGACCAGAGAGACGUCAGCUUGAGCUCCCUGCGGAUGCUGAUUGUGGCCGACGGGGCCAAUCCGUGGUCAGUGUCUUCCUGUGACGCCUUCCUCAAUGUCUUUCAGUCCAGAGGCUUGAGAGCCGACGUCAUCUGCCCCUGCGCCAGCUCCUCCGAGGCCCUCACCGUCGCCAUCCGCAGGCCCCCCGACUCGGGCGGCCCUCCCCCGGGCAAAGCCGUGCUGUCCAUGAGCGGCCUCAGCUACGGCGUGAUCCGGGUGGACACGGAAGAAAAGCUGUCCGUCCUGACGGUCCAGGACGUCGGCCAGGUCAUGCCGGGAGCCAACGUGUGUGUGGUGAAGGUGGAAGGCACCCCUUACCUCUGCCGGACCGACGAGGUCGGAGAAGUGUGCGUCCGUUCUGGGGCGACCGGCACGGCCUACUACGGCCUGCUCGGCAUCACCAAGAACGUGUUUGAGACGAUCCCGGUCACGGCGGGAGGCAUGCCCAUCUCUGACCAGCCCUUCACCAGGACGGGACUGCUGGGCUUCAUCGGGCCAGACCAGCUGGUGUUCGUCGUGGGGAAGCUAGACGGGCUGAUGGUGGUCGGCCUUCGCCGGCACAGCGCAGACGACGUGGUGGCCACCGCCCUGGCCGUGGAGCCCAUGAAGUUUGUCUAUAGAGGAAGAAUAGCCGUGUUCUCGGUGACGGUCCUGCACGACGACCGCAUCGUGCUGGUGGCCGAGCAGCGCCCGGACGCGUCCGAGGAGGACAGCUUCCAGUGGAUGAGCCGCGUCCUGCAGGCCAUCGACAGCAUCCAUCAGGUGGGCGUGUACUGCCUGGCCCUGGUGCCGGCCAACACGCUGCCGAAGGCGCCCCUCGGGGGGAUCCACAUCUCGGAGACCAAGCAGCGCUUCCUGGAGGGCGCCCUGCACCCCUGCAGCGUCCUCAUGUGCCCCCACACCUGCGUCACCAACCUCCCCAAGCCGCGCCAGAAGCAGCCGGAGGUGGGGCCCGCCUCCAUGAUCGUGGGGAACCUCGUGGCUGGGAAGAGGAUCGCUCAGGCCUCGGGGAGAGACGUCACCCAGCUGGAGGACAAUGACCAGUUUCUGUACCUGGCGGACGUGCUGCAGUGGCGGGCUCAGACCACCCCGGACCACCCUCUCUUCCUGCUGCUCAAUGCCAAGGGCACGGUCACCAGCACCGCCACCUGCGUCCAGCUGCACAAGAAGGCCGAGCGCGUAGCCGCUGCCCUGACUGAGAGGGGCCACCUGAGCGUUGGAGACCACGUGGCUUUGGUUUACCCUCCAGGUGUGGACCUCAUCGCCACCUUCUAUGGCUGUCUUUACGCCGGCUGUAUCCCCAUCACGGUCCGCCCCCCGCACCCCCAGAAUCUGGCCACCACCCUGCCUACAGUCAAGAUGAUCGUAGAAGUCAGCAAGUCCACGUGUAUCCUUACGACCCAAGCAAUAAUGAAACUCCUCAAGUCCAAGGAAGCGAGCGCCGCCGUGGAUGUGAAAACGUGGCCCACCAUCCUAGACACAGAUGACCUCCCAAAGAAGAAGGUGGCGAGUGUGUUCCGGCCUCCCUCCCCGGACAUGCUGGCCUACCUAGACUUCAGCGUCUCCACCACGGGCAUAUUAGCUGGAGUCAAGAUGUCGCACACGGCCACGAGUGCCUUAUGCCGGUCCAUCAAGCUUCAGUGUGAGCUGUACCCGUCCCGGCAGAUCGCCGUCUGCCUCGACCCCUACUGUGGCCUGGGCUUCGCCCUCUGGUGCUUGUGCAGUGUCUAUUCAGGACACCAGUCCCUCCUGGUCCCCCCGCUCGAACUUGAAAACAACGUGUCCUUGUGGCUGUCGGCCGUGAGCCAGUACCGAGUGCGGGUCACCUUCUGUUCCUACUCUGUCAUGGAGAUGUGCACCAAAGGGCUGGGGACGCAGACCGACCUCCUCAGGGCCAAAAGCGUGAACCUGUCCUGCGUGCGCACGUGCAUGGUGGUGGCGGAAGAGAGGCCGCGGAUCGCGCUGACGCAGUCCUUCUCCAAGCUCUUCAAGGACCUGGGUCUGUCGGCCCGGGCCGUGAGCACCACCUUCGGGUGCCGGGUGAACGUGGCCAUCUGCCUGCAGCCCAACAGGCUGGGAAAGCUGGCUGAGCAGGGCACCGCCGGCCCCGAUCCCACCACGGUCUACGUCGACAUGAGGGCCCUGCGCCAUGACAGGGUGCGGCUUGUAGAACGGGGUUCCCCGCACAGCUUACCAUUGAUGGAAUCUGGAAAGAUCCUUCCUGGCGUCAAGGUCAUCAUCGCUCACACAGAAACGAAGGGGCCCCUCGGCGACUCCCACCUGGGCGAGAUCUGGGUGAGCAGCCCCCACAACGCCACGGGCUAUUACACGGUCUACGGCGAAGAGUCGCUGCACGCCGACCACUUCAGCGCUCGGCUCAGCUUCGGGGACACCCAGACCAUCUGGGCCAGGACGGGCUACCUGGGCUUCCUCCGCAGGACGGAUCUCACCGACGCCAGCGGAGAGAGGCACGACGCCCUCUACGUGGUGGGCUCCCUGGACGAGACCCUGGAGCUGCGGGGCAUGCGCUACCACCCGAUCGACAUCGAGACCUCCGUCAUCCGCGCCCACAAGAGCAUCGCCGAGUGCGCCGUGUUUACGUGGACCAACCUGCUGGUGGUGGUGGUGGAGCUGGAAGGCCCCGAGCAGGAAGCGCUGGACUUGGUGGCGCUGGUGACCAACGUCAUUCUGGAGGAGCACUUCCUCAUCGUGGGCGUGGUGGUCAUCGUGGACCCCGGGGUCAUCCCCAUCAACUCUCGGGGGGAGAAGCAGCGCAUGCACUUGCGGGACGGCUUCCUGGCCGACCAGCUGGACCCCAUCUACGUGGCCUACAACAUGUGAAUGCGGGCCACAUGCCAGCCCCGAGCCCGCACCUGCCCGCUGCCCAGAACCGGAGUCGGGGGCCCCCAGCCACGGGGGAAAAGGGUGGCGGUCUGCCCCGACUGCCACCCCCCCCGGCCCACUCCGGCACGUGGCGACAGCCACUCGGGGGGUCUCGGAGCCCGGCGCAAGCCCGGUCACGGCGUGGGUGUGGCCCGCUCCCUCGGGAGGGGCUCGUCCCGCCUGCAGCGUCCCGCCCCGCCGUGCCCGCUGGCGUCCGAGCCGGGCUUUGCUCUCUACUGUAUUCUGAGUGUUUUUGCACAUUCUAAAACUCGGAAACGCAAUAGCCGCUUUUUUAGUUUGUUUUUGUAAGCGAUUCUUCGUCCCCGCGUCGCGCUGACCCGUCCUUUCAGAAGGGGCUGAAGGACUAGGCCACGGCCCGCUCGCGUCUCGGGACCGAGCAGCCAAGCAGGACCCGGGUCCCCGGCCCCCUCCCCAGGGCUGCCCCGUGCCCAGGCUCUCGGAUCCGGCCUCCCCUGGGGAAACCCUUCUCGACUGUCCGAGGGAAUCGUGCCCACAGAGGGCCCGGCCCGUCCCCUGCUGGUUCUGAAGGUCCGGUCAAGUCCGGUCCGUGAUGUUCCUCAGCAACCCCGUCAGGGACCCGGGCACACUCGCCCACACGCACGCACACCCCCAGGCGGGCGGAAUCUCUCGCUGCUGCUGCUGCUGCUCAGAUUUUGGCACGGUCGUCGCGCCCUCCUGCCCCCGGGCGCGGGGUCGCAUCCCUGCCUGGCGCGCCGGCUGGCACGAGCGUCUGAUUGAAGAUGGCCAGAAGGCGGGACAAGCAUGCGGCCGGCCAAUAGAGUAUUUUUGUAUGGCUAGUGAAGACUCGGCUCGUUCGGGGGCCGCAUCCCAGAGCCAGCUUUUUCGGCAGGGCAAACCUGCCUGGAUCAGUGCCUAAGAAAGCUGGUGGUUCUUCCGUCUGCGGAAACCAAAGGCAUCUCCCUGGCGUGGCGGGCACAACGCAGCCCGUCGCCCUUCUUUGCCGACAGGGAACUCCGUGGAGAGCAGCUGGAUUUGCCUCGUGGGCUUUGGCGUGAUCAAAAUGCCCACGAAAACUAACGGUGUGCUGCAACUAUGUACAGAACUGCCUAACUUAUUAUUGGAGGCCCAGCGCAGGCCCCAGCGUGGACAGACCUUCCUUGGCAUCGGCCAGCCGGCGGCAGGGGGGAACAGCUCCCCAACCCCCUUUUCAUGUUGUAGUUUUAUAGCGAACACAGCAUCGUCAGACUUUUGUAUUGAAAGAUCGGUGAUGGCAGGACAAGUUGCCUCGUAAAGUAAGAUUUUCAGAAGCACAUUAAAAACGUUUAAAAUUA